UUAAAGUCAAUAGCGUGUAAGGAAAACAAAGCUAAAUAAAUCAAUUAAAAUCUUGCGAUUUGAAAAAUCUACAAAAUCGGUUCACCGCCGAAUCAUGUCAAUCUCUUAUUUAAUUCAACUGAUAUUGUUAACUUGCUUGUCCUUGCCCUUGACGGGGAUCUGGUGCCAUAGACGUAAUUAUGAAUUGCAACAAAACAAAGCAGCCAUACCGUUAUGGAAGCAAAGAGCUUGCGAGAAAGCGAGAAAACACAAAGCCUCAUCUCAUUAUAUAUGCGAUGACAGAGGUGACGUUAAAUGCCUGCCCGGCUGGCAGGGUGAUUUAUGUCAGGUACCGAUGUGCCGUAGAGGAUGCGAUCCCAUGAAUGGAUAUUGUCAGCGUCCUGGAGAAUGUCGCUGCCGCAUUGGCUACACCGGCGAUUUGUGUGAAAAAUGUAUACCUUUGCCCGGCUGUCAGCACGGUGAUUGCACAAAACCCUUUGAAUGUUUAUGUCGUUCCGGUUGGCUUGGUCUGUUUUGCACAGAACCUACUUGCCGUACGGGUUGCCAUAAUACGCGCGGCUAUUGUGAGGCACCAGGUGAGUGUCGCUGCCGUCUUGGAUGGGCCGGACGAAAUUGCAGUGAUUGCUCUGUGUUACCUGGCUGUCAGUACGGCACUUGCAAUAAGCCUUUAGAAUGUAACUGUCUGUCAGGUUAUACCGGCCUAUUGUGUUCGACACCCAUUUGUGCCGUCAAUUGUCAUAAACAACACGGUUACUGUCGUAAACCGGGCGAAUGCCGCUGUAAAGUAGGUUGGAUGGGAGAAAAUUGUGAUAAAUGCUUUCCGUAUCCGGGUUGCGUUAACGGCGACUGCGAAAGGCCCUGGGAAUGCAACUGUGCACCCGGAUGGGGUGGUCUUUUGUGCGACGAAAAACUGUCGUUUUGUGAUGACAAUCCAAAUACUUGCAAAAAUGAUGGUAAAUGUGUGUCCGUACUCAGGGAAGACGGCAAUUAUCGUUGUCGCUGUAAACAGGGUUAUUUGGGUAAAAACUGCGAGAUAGUUGAUGAGUUCUUGCUGACCUCAACGAUGGCACCUCGUAUAACGCCACCGCCGCCGCCCAAUCAACAGCAAGUAGUAACGGCGAUGAAUGAUAAAGAUAGCGGAGACGAGAGUAAUGACAAUGAUGAAGACGGCGAUGAUGAUGAUGAUGAUGAUGAUGAUGAUGAAGGAAAUUAUGUUGCGAAUGCUGUUAGUGAAAAUCUUGACAUACAUGCGACGGAAGACGAAAGAUUAAAUAAAACGGAAAUCCAUCAAGAAGAGAAACCUUUAACAGGUGGUUGGAAUGCAAACAAAAGCAAUAAAACAUUUGUUGUAACGAAUAAUCCAAAAAUAAUUGACUUUGUGUUAAACAAUGAUAGCACCACCCCGGGCUGGUUGACUUCUGUUAUUGAUACGCCUAAUAAAAGGGAUCUCAUUAAUGUUGCUAAAAAGGAUAUUGAGCGAAUGACAGCAACAACAAUAAGAGCAACACCAACGACAGCAACAACAAUAACAACACCAACUACGCAUGGGAAAAGAAGAAGAACGGAAGCAUUAUAUGAACGAAACUUAACGAAAUAUUCUUUGGAUUCAAAGCCAAGAAUAAAACUUCAGAGAAAGGAUAUCGAAAAAAAUUUGACAAUUAUUUCCAGUGACUUAACAACGACAACAACAUCCAGAACAAUAGUAGAAAAAAUAAAAACAACGACAAAAGCUAACGACUCUAAAAGGAAAACAGCAAUAAUAACAACAACAACGAGCACUUUGUCACCCUUAAGUAAACUGGAUGAUGAGGAAAAUCAACAUACAUUUAAGUUGAAACCGGAUGCUAACACAAAUGUUGUCGGAAAUGAUGAUGAUAACACCGAUGAUGAGGAUGAUGAUGAAGAUGGCGAUGAGGACGACGAGAAUGAGGAUGACGAUGAGGAUGAAAAUGAGGAUGAGGAUGAGGAUGAAGAUGAGGAUGAGGAUGAGGGCGAAGAUGAAGAUGAAGAUGAAAAUAAUAAUGAUAAUGAGGAUGAGGAUAAGGGCAAUGAGAAAAAGAAUGAUAAUGACGAUGUCGUUGACGAUGGCGAUAAGCUCUGUGAAGGUCUUAACCGAGUUUUCCUCACAGAUAUGGUAAGUGUCUUUGCUAGUUAA